AUGGAUAGCUCUUUAAUGGAUACCGACUGGCGACACACCGCAGCGGCACACAAAAUGCUGAUGUGGCCCGCUGUCAAGACACUACUUGACCAAGAGUACGACCAGGACUAUAUGAUGAUGCUAGAGGAGCAGCGAGGGCUUAUUAGCCUGUCUGACCCGAGUGGUAUUUUCUAUACGGCAAAUGACACCGCGUUACCAACGUCGCCCCUGGCGGACGAUGGCAGUGGCUGUAGUGGCUGCAGUGGGAGCAGGUCUAGCCAGGACGAAACAUCGAUAAUGGACAAAAAGGCUUUGUCUCAGAACUCAGAUAUCGACCAAUUUGGUCUGCUGAGAUUGUUUGAGAACACCGCCCGGCGGUACUAUCAGAGUUAUCUUGACUGGAUGCACAUGCUCCACCCUUUCUUAGACCAACAAGAACUAAACCAGAGAGUAGAGGAUUUUAUCGAAUGCUACUGUCCUCAAAAUUUUCCCCCGACAACAGAUCCCGAUACCUUGAGCAAAUGCGCCCAAGCUAAUUCAGAUGUCACCGGAGGCUUCGUCGACGCGACCUCUGCGUCGUCUGGCAAACUUGUCAGACAAGACAUCGACAAUGCAGUUAUAUUGCUUAUACUCGCGCUCGGAGCUAUCUGCGAGAGUCAACUCUCUCAUUCUGAACAGAUUAUGGAUCAGAAGAGCGAUUGGCGGCUUCCACACAUCUUUGAUCUUACAGACUCGGAUCAAGAUAAGUGUGAACACGUCAGGAACCGGCCAUUCAUUCCCGGUUUGGCCCUUUAUGGGUACGCCACAGCGAUCCUAGACCAUAUUCAGGGUGGCGUGAGGUUAGAUUAUGUCCAUGCAUGUUUGCUGGCUGGUCUUUAUGCUGGCCAAUUAACGCAACCCUUCCAAAGUCAUAGAUGGAUCAGACAGGCCGCCCGGACGUGCCAGCUCUUUGUUCGACAGCCACGAUAUGAGGAACUCGAAGGCCAAGCGAAAGAGCUUUGUGUUUUUGCCUACUGGAGUUGCCUACAGCUGGAAAGUGAUCUCCUUGUAGAGCUGGACAUCCCCGCAAGUGGUAUUUCUCGAUAUGAAAGCCGGAUCCCUUUCCCAAAAGGAAGAUACGCUACCGAUGCCCCAGAAGAUGCCACCUUGCCAAGCACAAGAGUGAUGCUGUACUACUAUUCACAGAUCCAUCUCCACAAGACCCUUAACCAUGUGCAUAUGGAUCUAUUUAAGGUCGAAAAAGAAGGUCAAACAUGCUGGUUACCCUCCGUGCAAAAUGCCCAGGGUGCCCGCAUCGACCUCUGGCGCAUGGCCUUGCCGGAAAUGAUGAGUUGGCGCGAUGUUGAUGAGCCGGCUAAGGACAUCAAUGCCGCCCACAUGCGCGCCAAGUACUACCGUACACGAUAUAUUAUUCACCGGCCUAUGCUGUACCACGCCUUACAUUACGGACACUCCGGCACUUUGGCCUGCUGGGAAGACUCGGCCACUUGGCCCAGAUCCGCUUCGCAGACGCAGUCGCAAAGCAGCUACGCCGACAUGCAGCGCAUGCUCGAUGAUAUAGGUUCUUUCGCACCCAGCAACCCAUCCUUGCUCUCCUCUCAGGACUGGAUACCGCCAGUCGUCAAUUUGAGUGAUAUGCCAAUUUUACUGCGUCUCGCAUGUAAGAUCUGCAUUGAAUCGGCGAUUCUACACACCACGGCGUUUGACGGCAUCGAAAACAGGCUCGUGCUAACCAAUAUCUUCGGCACGGCCCAUGCGAAAUUCGGUAACAUGCUCGUCCUCGCCGCAACCUACAACUCCAGCCUCUCCGAGCUUGUCGAGCGCUCCACCCUUGACCGCCUCUUCAAACACACGAUUCGCUUCCUUCUGCGUUACGGUAACACCUCAGCUGCCCUGUGUGCUGAUGCACGCAUCCUAAAUCAAAUUUACUCAAAGCUAUUCGACGGCCCUCCGGUACUUACGGAUGCAUAG